GCGUCCCCUCGGGUCCUUGAGCCGGUGCAGACUGCGAGCCAUGGCCUUGAGACUGUUGAGACUGGUCCCGGCGUCCGCGUCCGCGCGGGGCCUUGCGGCGGUCGCCCAGCGCAUGGGAGGAAUUCAUACAAGCGUACAGUGCAAGCAGCGGUAUGGCCCUUUGGCAUACAUACUUGGUGAUCGAACAACCAAGAAACUGACAGAAUACAGCAAAGUGAUAACUGUAGAUGGCAACAUAUGUUCUGGAAAAGGCAAGCUUGCAAAACAAAUAGCAGAGAAACUAGGUUUAAAGCACUUUCCUGAAGCAGGGAUACAUUACGCAGACAGCACUACAGGAGAUGGAAAACCCCUGGACGUGGAGUUCAGUGGCAACUGCAGUUUGGAGAAGUUUUAUGAUGAUCCGAAAAGCAAUGAUGGCAACAGUUACCGCCUGCAGUCCUGGUUGUACGCCAGUCGCCUCCUGCAGUACGCGGACGCCUUGGAGCACUUGCUGAGCACAGGACAAGGUGUCGUAUUGGAACGCUCCAUCUACAGUGACUUUGUCUUCGUGGAGGCGAUGUAUAACCAGGGAUUUAUCCGAAAGCAGUGUGUGAACCACUACAACGAGGUGAAGAAGGUCACCAUCUGCGAGUACCUGCCUCCUCACGUGGUGAUCUACGUCGACAUGCCCGUCCCCGAGAUCCAGAGUCGGAUCCAGAAGAGAGGAAAUCCACACGAAAUGAAGAUCACCUCUGCCUAUCUUCAGGACAUCGAGAAUGCGUAUAAGAAAACCUUCCUUCCUGAAAUGAGUGAGAAAUGUGAGGUUUUACAAUAUAGUGCAAAGGAAGCUCAAGAUGCAGAAAAGGUGGUAGAGGAUAUUGAAUACCUCAAGUAUGAGAAGGGGCCAUGGCUUGACCAGGAUGACCGGACUUUUUACCACCUGCGAAGGCUGGUUCAGAAUAAGUUGGAGGUGCUGAAUUACACAACCGUUCCUAUCUAUCUCCCAGAAGUCACGAUUGGAGCUCACCAGAGUGACCGCGUCUUCCAUAAAUUCAAGGAGCUGCCGGGCCGCAAGUACUGCCCUGGGUACAAUGCAGACGUGGGCGACAAGUGGAUCUGGCUGAAGUGACCGACCACCUUCUGCUAAAGCUGCAUCACAGUGGUGCAGCUGCUGCCAGUCUGCCUGGUUCUCAUGGACUCCAUGUAGCUUUAAAAUGAGGGGGGAAAGUAAUGAUCCAAAAAUUGCACAGUGGAAGGAAUGGCCUCGCGAAAGCAGUCCACCCUGUAGUGUAGCUGAGGGAGUGGAGGGAAGCUCUGCCAUGGAAGAGGGUUUGGAACCUUCUAGCUUGAUUCUGAAUGAUCUGUAACUAUCACUGAAGAAAAAAGUCUGCUGUGAAAGACAGAUAUGCUAGAAGGAUUUCAUUUCAUGGCAGUUCUGCCUUGUGUCAGGCAGAUUCUGUACACUCUUUCUUCAGACCUCAAGAAAUAAAAGUUCCUGUGGCCCUUAUCUCAGCGUACCUCUGGACACACAUACGUGUCGCGUGCACACACACCUUUAUCUACCAUUUUCUAACUGUUGGCUUUGGUGGGCUUGGUUUGAUUCAAACGUAUGUUAGGGUUGAAGAGUUUUUCUGAAGCGUUUAUUUUGUUUGCUUUAGCAGUGUAACUGCUACGUUAGAGAAAGGGAAAAAGUGAAGAGGAAACACACAAAAAAAAACAAACUGCUGCAGGUUUAUAGAACAAUACAUUUGUUUUAAAACAGAUUUUGAAAGUCUUGUUGAUGACCAUCACCAACUGGUCUCAUAAUUCCUUCCUCUGAAGGGAGAUUCCAGCUUAGAAGGUCAAUGGGAGAAAACACAAAAGCAAAAUAAUAUACUUUUUUUUUUACCUGAAAAUCAAGUUGUCAAACAAAAAUGGGUAAUGGGAGAGAAAAUCACAUUUCUUUGUCCAUCCCCUAUGGAAACUUAGAAAACAAAAGUAAAAUUUCUUGCUAGCUAAUUGUAAGUUCAACAUUUUAGUUCAGGAGUUAAGCGGUAAGUUGUGAAUCCUAUUAAAUUCUCAGUUUUUUACUGUAGAGCUCCGCUGUGUUCAGUGUGGUAGCUCCUAGCCACUUGUGACUGUUUAAAUUUAAAUGGAUUAAAAUUAAAUGCAAUUUAAAAUUCA